UUUGCUAUCCAUGAUCACGUAAUCCAUUUUACACUACUCACAAUAAGUUAGGGAUAUAUUGGCCCCAAUAUGUAAGGCACACUGUACACAGUGAGACCAUUACGUGGAAAACACAAAAUGAGGUGUGUCUAUCACCCCAAUACAAUUGCCUCCCUAUCCCAAAAAUCUCUGAAGUGAAAGAAACACUGUAUGUAUGACAUCCACUGAGUCUCUCACAAUAUCCCUAACUUAUUGUGAGUAGUGUACUUUUGAGCCGGUUUUUCAAAGCAACAUUGGAUUGGAUCAAUCUGAUCCAGAUAGAAACUUUUCAGGAUCACCAAAUCUGGAUAACCAGCGCUCAAAUAGGAUAGGAAAUCACAAUGUAGAACUAUAGAUAUGUAAAGAGCAACAAGUAGAAUAGCCAGUAAAACUAUAACACACACACACAAAAAAAACACCCUCUUCCAGCAGUCCGCUCAUCUGAGACCUACAACAAAUAAAUAAAACAUUACUCACAAACACUGUACAUUAAGGAUAUUUAGUUUCAAACAAGUUUCAAAUAUAGAUGUAUUGAAUUCAAUAAAAAGGCUUAAUGUCAAAUACUCAACAAUAAUUUCAGAGUUCUUCAUCUGAUGUGGAGAGACCAGCUUGUCUGAGCUUGGCCUUUAGGAGGCGGAUCUUAAGUCUGGCCUUGGUUUGCUGUAGUUUGGUGAGAGUCAGUUGUUCCUCUGCCAGACGAAUCUGUACUUCUGCCCUUUCAGCCUCUUUUUGCAGAAGUGCCUUGUAAUCAUCAUCUUUGUUUGAUGAAGGACGCUUCAAGCCUUUCCUCUGAGAUCGUGUGACAACUACUGCUGGCUCUACCAGUGAGGAUCCAGCUUCUUCCUCAGUAACAGAGCUGAGAUUCAAAAUAAAUGUGCUCUCUGGAUCAGCCUCAGGAGGAACUGGCUGACUCUCCUCCUCAAUCCCAGACUCGCCAUCCCCUACAACACCUUGAAUACCAUGCAGAGCUUGCGACUUCUCACCUCCAAUGACGUCGAGGACCACAUCUGUGUAAUCUCCCCUCUUAAAGGGCUUGUUGCCUGUUUGUGGGUUUUUGGCUUCAGCAUGGUCCUUUGUUGCCCUGGCCUUAAGAUUCUUCCAUCGAAACUUUAUUUGGUCUGUGGUCCUCCUCUGGCCAGACCCUAUGGCAUUCACAUCUUCUGUGAUUAAAAUCCAAACAUCAUUUUUCUUUUUGUUGGUAUCUCCACCCUUAGCUAUACCUAACACCCUCUAGUAGUGCAUUGGUUUCGGCAGCAGUGAAAUUACAGCUUCUUGAGUCCAUGGUUCCAUUGCUUUACUAUAGUGAACAUUGUUCAUCAUUUAUAGGCCUUGGGUCUGAUUGCCUCAAUUGAACACAAGCCAAAACUAAUUAGUGAUAACAGGUGUGUUUGAAAAGACACACAAUUACACAGCCAUUUAAAUCAGCCUUUCUCAGAGAAUUCACAGAGAGGGUCACAGAGAGACCGUGAAAUGGCAGGUGUUGUCCACCGCCACCACCACUUUGCCAGGAGAGGAUACCGUCAAAGGGUGUAUGUUGAGUGUACCAAACUGCUGGAGCAAUACACCACUGAGGAGCUGUAUGCCCAGUUUUGCUUUGGGAAGGUUGAUAUCGAGUACCUUGUGAACCUUCUCUGGCCAAAACUACAACACAGAACCCAAAGGAGUCACGGUCUGUCUGUGGAAGACCAGAUCUUCAUUGCUCUCCGAUUUUAUGCAUGUGGCUCUUUCUACCAAGUUAUUGGUGACUCUAUGGGAGUGGCAAAAUCAGCUGUGUGUGAUGUGGUGAAAGAUGUGUCAAUCGCAUUGGCCAGCCUGGUCAAUUAAUUUGUUUCUUUUCCAAAGGACAACCAGAUUGCCCAGGCCAAGUGCAGCUUUUUUCUUUUGGGGAAUAUGCCCAAUAUUAUUGGAGCAAUCGACUGACACGUGCAUAUACAAGCACCUCGUGAGAAUGAAUGGGAGUUCAUAAACAGAAAGGGGAGGCACAGCAUCAAUGUCCAACUUGCGUGUGAUGCUGACCUCAUCAUCACCAACUGCGUUGUCAAGUGGCCUGGGUCUGUCCAUGAUGCAUGCAUCCUGAGGGAGAGCGCUCUAUAUAGAGACCUCCACCAACCGACCAGAUGAAUAAUAUUAGGAGACGGUGCCUACCCACUCCUACCAUGGCUGAUGACCCCUUUUCUGACAGCAAAUACACUGACGCAGGCACGCUUCAACGCCACUCAUUGCACAGCAAGAUGUGUAAUUGAGCAUUUAAAUGGAGUUCUUAAGAGGCGCUUCACAUGCCUUAACUACCUGAGAGCGGAACCACAGAGAGCCUGCAACAUAACCCUUGCCUGUAUUGUCCUGCACAACAUCGCUACCAAGCGCAAUGUCCCUCUCUAUGCUGACAGUGAUGCACCUGAGCCCCUUGGAGACCCUGACCAACCUCCUGCAUUCUGCCAGAACGAGCAAACAGGACGUGCAACAAGGGACACAAUAGUUAGAAACUAUUUCUGAUUUGGAUUUGUUUUGGAUUUCCAGUGAUGCCAUUGCUUUGUUCUGUUUUAUCAUUGCAUGCAUUACUAAAAAAUAAUCUAAAAACAAAACAAAAAUAUCUUUGAUUGUGAUGACUACACAUUAAUUAAUGACAGAAUUAAAUAUAUUAUUUAUUGACAGCUGUUUGGGAGAUUAUUUUAUGAGGCCAAACUCUUUCUACUUUGCUGUAGGCCUAUACUGAAAGGCUGAAUAUAUUAUAACCUACCUAAUCACUGUAGCCUGAUGGAUGAACAAAUCAAAUUAAAACCUUAUGAAUAAAUAGGACAUCUUGUAAGUUAUACUGCAUGAUCCAAAUAUAGUAUUAUUUGAUACAAUUUUAAAGUUUCAUUAUAUUUUGGGCCUGAAAUCCACGCUGAAUCCACCCUUCUGAUGGGAUCAGUAUAAUCCAGAUUUUUGGAUCAAAGUGAUCCCAAUCCUACUAAAAAGUUCUAAAAAACCCAAACUAAAGGUUUGAUCCGGAUCAAAACCAAGACUGGAUAAUGUGAUCUAAUCUGAUUACGUAAUCCAUUUUUUCUUUUGAAAAACCCAUUUUCGGGAUUUGAUCCAAUCCGUUAUCCAAAAUCCGAGCAGAUUACUUUUGAAAAAUCGGGCCCAGGUCUGUCCUAAUCAAUGAUGUCUGUUUGUUCUUUGGUUUUUUACACCACCUUCUUCUUCCUGUGUUUUGUAGCUGAGCAGGUUUGUGUCAUUAAACACUGUAAAAAGUCGGGAUCUGUCCUGAGAGCCAGGUCCAUAUUGGAUCAAAUCAUUGAUAAUCAGAUCUGUCCUAAUCAAUGAUCUUUUCUCUAAAAUGAGUAGAGUGACUUUGUCCUUCUGUUAUUGUGGAUCAUCAUAAUGUCAGCCUUCUACAGACAUCAUCCAAAUGUCAGCACAACAUUCAUACACCUGUUCAUGUCAACACAGAUUCAUAACAUGCUGCUGACCUCAGUCAAUCUCUAACUAGAGGAUCAAUAUCAGAUCAGACACGUUGGACUGAAAGUCUGUUUGUUCUUUGGUUUUUUACACCACCUUCUUCUUCCUGUGUUUUGUAGCUGAGCAGGUUUGUGUCAUUAAACACUGUAAAAAGUUGGGAUGAGUCCUGAGAGCCAGGUCCAUUUAGGAUCUGGUUCCAAGUUGGUAAAACACCUGGAUUCAUUAAGACCAAAGCAAAGAAAAAGAAAAGACUGACGACAUAAACAAACGUGACGACUCAGCAACACUGAUGUUACCAACAAACAUGGCCGACAGGUGAAAAAUGUCAUAUUUACAGGAGGAACAACAAGUCCUUUAAACAUUGAUCGACCUUCCAACAUAUUUGUAUAACUUUCUAUCAGAGUCAGUGUUUGUCUGCUAACUGCUUCAUAAAUCACUGUUUAAAUGACCAACUGCACUGUUUCCUCUACUAUUGUUUUUGGCUAGAAGGAGAACACACACAGCUAAAGCAGAAACUACCGGUGAUAUGAUGAGUUUGUAGCAGGAAAAGCAUCAUCUGCCCCUAGGUGAAUCG